AUGUUUAACAAGUUUGCAAUAAUCUUUACUCUGGUCUUGGCAUCAUUUGCUACCAUCGCUUUUGGAGACCAAAUCUUCUCUUACACUUUGCCAUUGGGCGAGGUUAAGGUUAGCAAGGUAAUCACUCAAACAUUCACAAAUGUACCUUUGCCAGCUGGUGGCGCCGACAUUAGCGCCAUCCAGGUGUUGUUCUUGAAUGACACCAGCAAAAAGAUAUACGAUCGAUCAGUGUUGAAGGUGCUCACCUUUGAUCUGACCGUCAAUAAGCCAACCACACGCAAGGCCGUCUCAUUCACUUUGACCAACAUCGCCCAGCCCAUGGUGUUGCCCUCGCCGUACUCCAUCCAGCUGCUCAACGGCACCAGCGCCUCGAUCACCGUCAGCUACCUCUCAGUGGACACUUUCACCAACUGCAAUGUUAGCGUCAACUACAUCUUCAAGUGGUCACCCAGCGCUCAGACCACCUCGAUCCCCGUGAUCCGCUCGGCGUCGUCGGCCACGGCCAACUUCUCCUCGUUCAACGUUCCAGGCGGCGGCGGCCUCUUUGUCCAGUUCAGCAGUGCCAAGUGGCUCCAGAACAUGAACACCGCGUACUUCCUGGCCUCUGGCUCACCGGGUAUCGUCGACUUGUCAUUCAUCAACAAUGACACUGGUAUUGUGCUGUGCUCGUCGAUUCCAACGAUGGUCGAGGGUGCUCUCUCCAUGUCUGAUUGUGAGGGAAUUGAUUCAAUCCAGGCUGGCGUAUCAUAUAUUACCAGGGCCACCUAUAACAACACUCAUCCAAUCAAGGGUGUCUUUGGACUGUUCACAAUCUAUGUUGCCAAUGCUGAGCAACCUACUACCACCACCACAUCAUCUUCGUCGACGACAGCCACCACCACUGGCAAGACCACAGCCACCACUCACACCGGCCCAGCAACAACUACAACAGCCACCACAACUGGCAAGACUACUGCCACCACUCACACCACCACCGGCCCAGCCACCCAUUCGACAUCUGGUCCAUCCUCAUCGGGACCAACAUCCACUGGCCCAGCCACUCACUCAACCUCAGGACCAUCAUCCUCGGGUCCAACAUCCACCGGUCCACACUCAGCAUCUGGUCCAUCCUCCUCAGGACCAUCAUCAUCCGGCCCACACACCUCAUCAACUGGUCCACAUUCAUCCUCCUCCGGUCCACACUCCUCGUCCUCCGGCCCACAUUCCUCAUCGACCACCCAGUCUGGCACUACCUCUGGAACUACUUCCGGCACUACCUCUGGCACCACCUCGGGAACAACCAGUCCAUCGGGAACUACCUCUGGCUUCACCACAACCGGUACCACCACCCAAUCAGGCACCACAUCAGGCAGCUCCGGCACAACCCAGACCUCUGGACAGACCACCGGAACCUCUGGCUCUGGAACUACCUCGGGUCAGACCACUGGCACUUCUGGACAGACCGCUACCUCUGCCACUACCACAACAACCAGCGGCGCUUCCGGCUCAUCAGGCACCACCUCCUCAGGCCAGACCACCGGAACAUCUGGACAGACCACCACCUCUGGAACAUCGGGUCAGACAACCGGAACCACCGGACAGACCACUGGAACCUCUGGCCAGACCACCGACACAUCCGGUCAAACUACCGGACAGACCUCCGGACAAACCAGUGCCACCUCCUACACCGAUGGUGGUUUCGAGGCCUGGCAAUCAGACUUCAAGAAGCCAAACAGAAAGCCAAAGUUCAUCCUAUAA